CGGUGUGAGUGUGUGGGGGAGAGAGCGGCGGGCGGGCGCCGGAGGGAGGGAGCGAGCGAGCGAGCGAGCAAGCGACGCGGGCCGCCCCUGCCGCCGCCGCCGCCGCUGCCGCGGUCGGACCAGCGGCCUUCUCCCCUCCCCUCCCUCCCGUCGCCCUGCCGCGGGGAGGGGGCUCGCGUCGCCGUCUCCAGCCGCUCCCGAUGAAGCAGCUGCCGCCGCAGCCGCCUCCGAAGAUGGGGGAUUUCUACGACCCCGAGCACCCGACCCCUGAAGAAGAAGAAAAUGAGGCAAAGAUUGAAAAUGUGCAGAAAACAGGUUUCAUCAAAGGACCAAUGUUCAAAGGUGUUGCUUCUAGUCGGUUUUUGCCCAAAGGCACCAAGACAAAAGUUAAUUUGGAGGAACAGGGACGACAGAAGGUGUCAUUCAGCUUCAGCCUUACAAAGAAAACUUUGCAGAACAGGUUUCUGACGGCACUUGGCAGUGAAAAGCAAAAUGAUACUCCAAAUUCCCCAGUUGUACCUCUUCAAGUAGACUCGACCCCUAAAAUUAAAAUGGACAUUGGAGAUACAUUAUCUACUACAGAAGAAUCUUCCCCACCAAAAUCAAGGGUAGAAUUGGGCAAAAUCCAUUUUAAGAAACAUCUGCUUCAUGUAACAUCCAGGCCACUGCUGACUUCUACCACAGCAGUGGCAUCUCCAUCUCCUCCCAUAGUACCAUUACCAGCAGUCAUAGCAGAAUCAACAACUGUAGACUCGCCACCCUCAUCUCCACCUCCACCACCUCCACCUCCCCAAGCCACAACACCCUCAUUACCAGCACCAAUAACAGAGCCAGUGGCCUUGCCACACACACCAGUGACAGUUCUGAUGACAGCACCAGUAGAUGUAGCUGCUAGAGCGUUGAAGGAACCACCAGUUACAAUUGUACCAGAAUCAUCAGAAGUGGACACUAAGCAGGACCCUGUGUCUAAUAGUUCAGAAGAACACAUAACUCACAAUUUGAAUGAGCAAGCAGAUAUUCCUUCACAAAAAGAAGAUUCCCAUAUUGGGAAGGAAGAAGAAAUUCCAGAUAGUUCUAAGAGUAGUCUGGGCUCUAAAAAAACAGGUUCUAAGAAGAAAUCCUCACAAUCUGAAGGCACCUUUCUUGGUUCAGAAUCUGAUGAAGAUUCUGUACGGACUUCCUCAAGUCAAAGAUCACAUGAUUUAAAAUUUUCAGCCAACAUUGAAAAAGAAAGAGAUUCAAAAAAGAGCUUAGCAACUUUAAAAAGUGAGGAUUUAGGGAAAUCUUCACGAUCUAAAACAGAGAGAGAGGAUAAAUAUUUUAGCUACUCAAAACUUGAAAGAGAUACUCGUUAUAUAUCUUCUCGCUGUAGAUCAGAGAGAGAGCGAAGGCGGAGCAGGUCUCGUUCUAGGUCUGACAGAGGUUCUAGAACUAGUUCAUCCUAUUCUCGGUCAGAACGAUCCCAUUAUUAUGACUCUGAUCGUCGCUACCAUAGGAGUUCCCCUUAUCGAGAGAGGGCACGCUAUUCUCGGCCAUAUACAGAUAACAGGGCAAGAGAAAGUUCUGACUCAGAAGAUGAGUAUAAGAAGACAUACUCAAGGCGCACCUCAUCUCAUUCUUCCUCUUACAGAGACCUAAGGACACCAUCCUCCUAUUCUAAAUCUGAUCGAGACUGUAAAACUGAGUCCUCUUAUUUAGAGAUGGAGAAGAGAGGAAAGUAUUCCUCAAAAUUAGAAAGAGAAUCCAAAAGGACUUCAGAAAAUGAAGCAAUGAAAAGAUGUUGUUCUCCCACUAAUGAACUGGGAUUCCGACGGGGGUCAUCAUAUUCCAAGCACGGUAACAGUGCUUCCCGUUAUAAAUCUGCCCCUUCAAAACCUGCACCCAAGUCUGAUAAAUUUAAAAAUUCUUUCUGUUGUACAGAAUUGAAUGAGGAAAUCAAACAGUCUCAUUCUUUUAGUUUACAGACUCCUUGUUCAAAAGGUAGUGAAUUAAGAAUGAUUAGUAAAGUUACUGAAAGAGAGAAGAUUGGGUCUCCAUCUCCAUCAAAUCGAUUAAAUGAUUCACCUACUUUUAAAAAGCUAGAUGAAUCACCUGUUUUUAAGUCUGAAUUUAUAGGACAUGAUAGCCAUGAUAGUAUUAAGGAAUUAGACUCUUUAUGUAAAGUGAAGAAUGAUCAAUUAAGAAGUUAUUGUCCCACAGAAUUUAAUAUAAAUGGAUCUCCUGGGGCAGAAUCUGAUUUGGCAACAUUUUGCACUUCUAAACGUGACACUGUUUUGAUGUCUUCUGAUGAUAGUGUGACUGGAUCAGAGGUAUCCCCUUUGGUCAAAACGUGCAUGCUUUCAUCAAAUGGAUUUCAAAAUAUUAAUAGAUGUAAAGAAAAAGACUUGGAUGAUACUCGCAUGCAGCAUAGUAAGUCAGAAAGCCCAUUUAGAGAAACAGAACCUCCAGUGUCGCCACACCAGGAUCAACUCAUAUCUUUGCCAGUUAUGACUAUAGAUUACUCCAAAACAGUAGUUAAAGAACCAGUUGAUGUGAGAGUUUCUUGCUGUAAAACCAAAGAUUCAGAUAUAUACUGUACUUCAAACGACAGCCGCCCUUCUUUGUGUCAUUCCGGAGCUGAAAAUACUGAGCCUUUAGUAACGAAGAUUUCUUCAAAUAGCUUUAUGAACAUGCAUUUGAAAUCAAAAACAGUUAUAUGUGAUAAUGGAAGUCUGACAGAUCAGCACUCAAAAUUUGCAUGUGGAGAAUAUAAGCAGAGUGUUGGUAGUACUAGUUCAGCUUCUAUUAAUCAUUUUGAUGAUUUAUAUCAACCUACAGGGAGCUCAUGUAUUGCUUCAUCUCUUCAGAGUCUUCCACCAGGAAUAAAAGUAGACAGUUUAACUCUCUUGCAAUGUGGAGAGAAUACAUCUUCAGUUUUGGAUGCUGUGCUGAAGAGUAAAAGCUCAGAGUUUUUAAAGCAUGCAGAGAAAGAAAUAAUAGAAGUAGGUAGUGGCCUUCCUGAUUCAGGAAGAGGAUUUGCUUCCUGGGAAAACAGGCAUAAUAAUGGACUAUCUGGGAAAUGUGUGCAAGAGGCUCAAGAAGAAGGGAAUUCCAUACUGCCUGAUAGAAGAGGAAGACCAGAAAUCUCUUUAGAUGAAGAAGGUGGAAGAGGACAUGCACAUACUUCUGAUGAUUCAGAAGUUGUAUUUUCUUCUUGUGAUUUGAAUUUAAUCAUGGAGGACAGUGAUGGUGUAACAUAUACCUUAAAAUGUGACAGUAGUGGUCAUGCCUCAGAGAUUGUAUCUACUGUCCAUGAAGAUUAUUCUGGUUCUUCCGAAAGUUCAAGUGAUGAAAGUGAUUCAGAAGAUACAGAUUCUGAUGAUAGCAGUAUUCCAAGAAACCGUCUUCAGUCUGUUGUGGUUGUGCCAAAGAAUUCUACUUUGCCCAUGGAAGAAACAAGUCCUUGUUCUUCUCGGAGCAGUCAAAGUUACAGACACUAUUCUGACCACUGGGAAGAUGAGCGAUUGGAGCCAAGGAGGCAUUCAUAUGAGGAAAAAUUUGAGAGUAUAGCAAGUAAAGCCUGUCCUCAAACUGAGAAGUUCUUCUUUCAUAAAGCAACAGAGAAGAAUUCAGAAAUUUCUUUUAUACAGCCCAGCCGAAAACAGAUAGAUAAUCACAUGUCUGAAAUUGCUCAUCCUCAGAGUGAUGGGGUUGAUAGUACAAGUCAUACAGACAUAAAAUCUGACCCUCUAGGUCAUCCAAAUUCUGAGGAAGCAGUGAAAGCCAGAAUAACUUCUAGGCAGCAAGAAGAGCUGCCAGUUUAUUCUUCUGAUGAUUUUGAAGAUGUCUCAAGUAAGUCUCGGCAACAGACCACUUUCCCUAACAGGCCAGAUAGUAGACUGGGGAAAACAGAGUCAAAUUUUUCUUCUUGUGAGAUCUCCCGAGUGGAUGGUUUCCGUUCAUCAGAAGAGCUCAGAAAUCUAGGGUGGGACUUCUCUCAACAAGAAAAGCCUACUACCACAUAUCAGCAACCUGACAGCAGCUAUGGAGCCUGUGGUGGACACAAGUAUCAGCAAAGUGCAGAACAGUAUAGUGGGACACGUAAUUACUGGCAAGGCAAUGGCUACUGGGAUCCAAGAUCAGCAGGUAGACCGCCUGGAACUGGGGUUGUGUAUGAUCGAAUUCAAGGGCAGGUACCAGAUUCCUUAACAGAUGACCGUGAAGAGGAGGAGAAUUGGGAUCAACGUGGAGGAUCUCACUUUUCAAGCCAGUCCAAUAAAUUUUUUCUGUCCCUUCAGAAGGACAAGGGAUCCGUGCAAGCACCUGAAAUAAGCAGCAAUUCCAUUAAGGACUCUUUAGCUGUGAAUGAGAAGAAAGAUCUUUUGAAAAACUUAGAAAAAAAUGAUAUGAAAGAUAGAGGGCCUCUUAAAAAAAGGAGACAGGAAUUGGAGAGUGAUUCUGAAAGUGAUGGUGAGCUUCAGGACAGAAAGAAAGUUAGAGUGGAGGUAGAGCAGGGAGAGACAGCAGUGCCUCUAGGCUCAGCAUUGGUUGGGCCUUCCUGUGUCAUGGAGGACUUCAGGGACCCACAGCGGUGGAAGGAAUGUGCCAAACAAGGGAAGAUGCCUUGUUACUUUGAUCUGAUUGAAGAAAAUGUUUAUUUAACAGAAAGAAAGAAGAAUAAAUCCCAUCGGGAUAUUAAGCGAAUGCAGUGUGAGUGUACACCUCUUUCUAAAGAUGAAAGAGCUCAAGGUGAAAUAGCAUGUGGGGAAGAUUGUCUUAAUCGUCUCCUCAUGAUUGAAUGUUCUUCUCGUUGUCCAAAUGGGGAUUAUUGUUCCAAUAGACGGUUUCAAAGAAAACAGCAUGCAGAUGUGGAAGUCAUACUCACAGAAAAGAAAGGCUGGGGCUUGAGAGCUGCUAAAGACCUUCCUUCGAACACCUUUGUCCUGGAAUAUUGUGGAGAGGUACUUGAUCAUAAAGAGUUUAAAGCCCGGGUAAAGGAGUAUGCACGAAACAAAAACAUCCACUACUAUUUCAUGGCCCUGAAGAAUGAUGAGAUAAUAGAUGCCACUCAGAAAGGAAAUUGCUCCCGGUUCAUGAAUCACAGCUGUGAACCAAACUGUGAGACUCAAAAAUGGACUGUGAAUGGACAACUGAGAGUUGGGUUUUUUACCACCAAACUGGUUCCUUCAGGCUCAGAGUUAACAUUUGACUAUCAGUUCCAAAGAUAUGGGAAAGAAGCACAGAAAUGUUUCUGUGGGUCGGCUAAUUGCCGGGGUUACCUGGGAGGAGAGAACAGAGUCAGCAUCAGAGCAGCAGGAGGGAAAAUGAAGAAAGAACGAUCUCGGAAGAAGGAUUCGGUGGAUGGAGAGCUAGAAGCCCUGAUGGAGAAUGGUGAGGGUCUCUCUGAUAAAAACCAGGUGCUCAGCUUAUCCCGGCUAAUGGUUAGAAUUGAAACUUUGGAACAGAAACUUACCUGUCUCAAGCUCAUACAGAACACACAUUCACAGUCUUGCCUGAAGUCCUUUCUGGAACGUCAUGGGCUGUCUUUGUUGUGGAUCUGGAUGGCAGAACUAGGUGAUGGCCGGGAAAGUAACCAGAAGCUUCAGGAAGAGAUUAUAAAGACUUUGGAACAUUUACCCAUUCCUACUAAAAAUAUGUUGGAGGAAAGCAAAGUACUUCCUAUUAUUCAACGUUGGUCUCAAACCAAGACUGCUGUCCCUCAGCUGAGUGAAGGAGAUGGGUAUUCUAGCGAGAAUACAUCACGUGCUCACACACCGCUCAACACACCUGAUCCUUCCACCAAGCUGAGCAUAGAAGCUGAUACAGACACCCCCAAGAAGCUAAUGUUUCGCAGACUUAAAAUUAUAAGUGAAAAUAGCAUGGACAGUGCGAUCUCUGAUGCUACCAGUGAGCUAGAAGGCAAGGAUGGCAAAGAGGACCUUGACCAGUUAGAAAACGUCCCUAUAGAAGAAGAGGAAGAGUUACAGUCACAACAGCUACUCACACAACAGCUGCCUGAAUCUAAAGUUGACAGUGAAAUUGCUGUGGAGGCCAUUAAGCUACCCACAUCUGAACCAGAGGCUGACACUGAAAUAGAGCCUAAAGAGAGCAAUGGCACAAAACUAGACGAACCUAUUGCUGAGGAAACACCAUCCCAGGAUGAAGAGGAGGGUGUAUCUGAUGUGGAGAGUGAGAGGAGCCAGGAACAGCCAGAUAAAACAGUAGAUAUAAGUGAUUUGGCCACCAAGCUCCUGGACAGUUGGAAAGACCUAAAGGAGGUAUAUCGAAUUCCAAAGAAAAGUCAAACUGAAAAGGAGAGCACAAUAACCGAACGAGGAAGGGAUGCUGUUGGCUUCAGAGAUCAAACAGUUGCCCCAAAGACUCCUAACAGGUCAAGAGAGAGAGACCCAGACAAACAAACUCAAAAUAAAGAGAAAAGGAAACGAAGGGGCUCCCUCUCACCACCUUCUUCUGCCUAUGAGCGGGGAACAAAAAGGCCAGAUGACAGAUAUGAUACACCAACUUCUAAAAAGAAAGUACGAAUUAAAGAUCGCAAUAAACUUUCUACAGAGGAGCGUCGAAAGUUGUUUGAGCAGGAGGUAGCUCAGCGGGAGGCCCAAAAACAACAGCAGCAGAUGCAGAACCUGGGAAUGACGUCUCCACUGCCCUAUGACUCUCUUGGCUACAGUGCCCCUCAUCACCCCUUUGCUGGCUACCCACCAGGUUACCCCAUGCAGGCCUAUGUGGAUCCCAGCAAUCCUAAUGCUGGAAAGGUGCUCCUCCCCACACCCAGCAUGGAUCCUGUGUGUUCUCCUGCUCCUUAUGAUCAUUCUCAGCCCUUGGUGGGACAUUCUACAGAACCCCUUGCUGCCCCUCCACCUGUGCCAGUGGUGCCACAUGUGGCAGCCCCUGUGGAAGUUUCCAGUUCACAGUAUGUGGCCCAAAGUGAUGGUGUGGUACACCAAGACUCUAGUGUCACCGUCUUGCCAGUGCCAGCCCCAGGCCCAGUCCAGGGACAGAAUUAUGGUGUUUGGGAUUCAAACCAACAGUCCGUGAGUGUACAGCAGCAGUACUCUCCUGCACAGUCUCAAGCAACCAUAUAUUAUCAAGGACAGGCUUGUCCAACUGUUUAUGGUGUGACAUCACCCUACUCACAGACAACUCCACCAAUUGUACAGAGUUAUGCCCAGCCAAGUCUUCAGUACAUCCAGGGACAACAGAUUUUCACAGCUCACCCACAAGGAGUGGUGGUACAGCCAGCCACAGCCGUGACUACAAUAGUUGCACCAGGGCAGCCUCAGCCCUUACAGCCACCUGAAAUGGUUGUGACAAAUAAUCUCUUGGAUUUACCACCCCCAUCUCCUCCCAAACCAAAAACCAUUGUCUUACCUCCCAACUGGAAGACAGCCCGAGACCCAGAAGGGAAGAUUUACUACUACCAUGUGAUCACAAGGUCUUAGUUGCAGCAGGCGGGCUCCUUAGUUGAGGCAUGUGAACUCUUAGUUGCAGCAUGUGGGAUCUGGUUCCCUAACUAGGGAUUGAACUGGGGCCUCCUGCGUUGGGAGCGUGGAGUCCCAACCACUGUGCCACCAGGGAAGUCCCAAACUAAGGAAUUUUUUAGAAAAUGGUAAUGACUUCAUCUAACAUUGUAGAUAAUCAGGGGUCGUGGGCAAACCUUUUCUGUAAAAGGCCAGAUAAUAAAUAUUUUAGGCUUUGCUUGCCAAACAUUCUUUGUCACAACUGUUCAGUUCUUCUAUUGUUGUGUAAGCAGCCAUAGACAAUACAUAAAUGAAUGGGUAUGUCUCUGUUCCAGUAAAACUUUAUUUGGUUCAUGAGCCAUAGUUUGAUGACUCCUGCAAUUUAUAUAAAAAACCUGAUUUAUCUUUUUCUUAGAAUUAAACAUAUAGUUUAGGCAGAUAGCUUUAUGUGAAUAUAUGUGUUUUCUGUGUGUGUAUGUAUGUAUUCAUUGGUAUAUAAUGUGAGUUAUUGGGGUGCAUGUUUUGUCAUCUGUUUUGUUUACCAAUCUAUUUAUAGAACUUUCUGUACCAGUUAAUGAAAAACUACAUUAUUUUUAAUACUUGCUUAUUUGUUGCAGGGCUCAGCAAACUAUGUCAAUGGGCUACUUGUUUUGGUAAAUAAAGUUUUUUUGGAACACAGCCACACCCAUUUAUUUAGGAAUUGUUGAUGGCUACUUUCAUACUCCAAUGACAGUAGACUAGUUGUGACAGAGAUCAUUUGGUCCACAAGGUCAAGGGUAUUUACUCUCUGAUCCUUUAUAGAAGAAGUUUGCCUAACCCCUGCUCUUCUGUAUGGCUAUACCAAAUUUUGUUUAACCCACCCUGAUUGAUGGAUUUUCACUAUUUUAUAUAUAACUCUAAACCUGGACAUCCUUACAGACACUCACACUAAUCUUACUGCCUUCUUCAGGCAGAUUCUUAGAGGCAAAAUAUUUGAUCAAAAGAGAUACACAUUUUAAGUUGAUAAGUAUUGUCAGCUUACCAUUAAAAAAAAAUCAUACCAAUUUAGACUCCCACAAAAGGUACACAAAAGUGCCUUUUUCUUCAUGUAGGUUCUUUAACUCAUGUAAAAUAGUAGAUGAGAAAUCUUAUUUUUAUUUUCAAUUAUUUUUGAGAUGGAACGUCUUCAUUAGAUUAUUGGCUAUUUGUAUCUUUUGUGAAUUGCUUGUUUGGGGCAUCUACCCAUUUUCUGUCAGCAUUGUUAAUCUGUUUAUCAAGAAUAUUACAGGGCUUCCCUGGUGGUGCAGUGGUUGAGAGUCCGCCUGCCGAUGCAGGGGACGUGGGUUUGUGCCCUGGUCCGGGAGGAUCCCACAUGCCGCGGAGCGGCUGGGCCCAUGAGCCAUGGCCACUGAGCCUGCGCAUCUGGAGCCUGUGCUCCGCAACGGGAGAGGCCACAACAGUGAGAGGCCCGCGUAUCGCUAAAAAAAAAAGAAUAUUGCAAAUGUUUUUGUUUGUAAUGUCUUGUGACGUGAAGAAGUUAAAAAUUUCAUGCAGUCAAAUAUUUUCCCUUUAUGUAUUCUACUUAGAAAGGUCUUCAUUAUUCCCAUAAAAAUACCUUUAUAAAACAAGCCCUUGGGACUUCCCUGGUGGCACAGUGGUUAAGAAUCCCCCUGCCAGUGCAGGGGAUACGGGUUUGAUCCCUGGUCCGGGAAGAUCCCACAUGCCGUGGAGCAGCUAAGCCUGUGUGCCACAACUACUGAGCCUGCACUCUAGAGCCCGCACGCCACAACUAAUGAGCCCACAUGCCACAACUACUGAGGCCUGCAUGCUCUAGGUCCCGUGUGCCGCAACUACUGAGCCCACGUGCUGCAACUACUGAAUCCCGCAUGCCUAGAACCUGUGCUCCACAACAAGAGAAGCCACCGCAAUGAGAAGCCCGCUUGCCGCAACUAGAGAAAGGCCGCGCACACCAAUGAAGACCCAAUGCAGCCAAAAAAAACCCAAAGAAACAAGCCCUUGUUAUGCUGCUGACUGGAAGUUGUGACUUUAAAAACCAGUGUCUGCAAAUUUUACCAGAACUUUGUUUUUUCAAUACCAAAGCAAGCUUUAUAAUGGACUAUCACUUUUCAAAAAAAAAAAUUAUAUUUCUUAUUUAUGUGUGUAAUUUUUCCAUCUUUUUUUCAAGGUUUUCCUUAGCUGGCACCUAAGAGCAUAAUACCUCCUGUUUAAUUCCCAUAAUAAAACCCACAGCUGCUUGUGCUUCUUUGAUUACAAUAGAAAUCUUGAGCCCAUUUUAUAAUUAGUUCUGUCGGUCAGAGAUAAACCUACUUUCAUAAUCAUCUGCAAAACUAAUUUACAUCAAAUGCCUUUAAUGUUGCUAACUAAAGAUUGCUGUGGUAGGAAAGCACAAGACUGUAAUGGCAGGAUAGACCUGUCAGAUAUGUCGCUAGCUUCUUGGAGGCUUUUGACGUUUUAAGUGAUUCCCCUUAGAGCAUUUCCUGUGACAGCUGACUUCUGACUCCUGAAUAGAAUUUCCUUACUUCCACAUGUUACUUCACAGAUCUAGCUUUAAAAACAAAACAAAAACAAAACCAUCUUUGCCUGCUAACUUUCAAAACAGCCAUAAACAUGCAAUGAGGGAAUUCCCUGGUCAGGAGCUAAGAUCCCCAAGAGCUAUGCGGCGUGGCCAAAAAAAAAAAGCAUGCAAAGAGUUAAUGUGGUUGAACUCUUUUUUUGUAGCUAGCUGAAAAUAUUUUUAGCAGAGGGCACAAGUUUUUAACCUGUACAUCUUUUCCAUGCUGUAAGUCAUCAAGCCAGAGGAGCAAAACUACAAACAAGAAGACUCCUAAGGCAAGGAACGGUUUUCUCACAUGAUCAAGGAUUGUGAGGAGGGUGUUGUGAUUUAUUUUACUUUGCUCCAGGUACAUGCUAGGUACAAUCAUGAUUGAUCACCUGCAUAGGGGUGGCAUAGGCAGGCACCUACUCCAUGUACUUUCCUUAGACUUUGCUGAAUCCUGUUUUCAGGACAUUAAUAGUCAGGUGAGAGACAAAGAUGUUUGGUUUUACUGUUGUCUUUGAUACCCAGCAAAUGUUGCCACAGCGUUGGCUACAGAAGUACAGUGGGCUAAAAACAAUGUAUGUCUAUGGGAUAGAAUCAUUGCUGCUGGGAAGAAUGUCUCUGUCUUAUGGAGCUGACUUGUUCUGUUUCAUUGCAUGUUGUAUAUUAUGUAUAUAUGAGCAGAGAUACCUAUGCCAGAGUUCUCUGUUUUCUGGCCAUGACAGCAUGGCUGUUCUUACC